CCCACACCAGAACCCUGAGCCAAGUUUCAUCUUCUCCACUUUGCAUCCAGGUUCCUGGGAGAACGAAGCCUGGAUCCGUUAGUGCUGGGAUAGGGGAAGGAAUUCAGGAUUCUAGCUGGGACUGUGAACGCAGAGACAAGCCUGGAGAGAUCAAUGGAUUUUAAGGAUUGAGACCAGAGAAGAACGUGAUGACAAGCAGGUGGUUGCAGAGAUCAUGGCAAGAUGUUUUAUCCCAACUCGGAUGACUACCUCUUCCUGGGAAGGCUUUCAUUUCGCUGGCCAUGAGAUUCGGAUUACUGAAGCCUUGGACUGUUACGGCGCUGUGGUUUGGCCAUCGGCCCUUGUUCUAUGUUAUUUUCUGGAAACAAACACAAAGCAGUAUAAUAUGGUUGACAAAAAUGUGAUUGAAAUUGGAGCUGGAACUGGGUUAGUCUCUAUCGUGGCAAGUCUGCUGGGUGCUCAUGUUACUGCCACAGAUUUACCUGAACUACUUGGAAACCUGCAAUACAAUAUUUCCCGAAACACCAAAAGGAAAUGCAAGCAUUUGCCUCAGGUCAAAGAACUCUCCUGGGGAGUUGCAUUAGAUAAAAACUUCCCCACGUCUUCCAAUAAUUUUGACUACAUCCUAGCAGCGGAUGUUGUUUAUGCACAUCCUUUCCUGGAAGAGCUGCUUGUUACCUUUGACCACCUGUGCAAAGAGACUACCACCAUCCUCUGGGUUAUGAAGUUCAGGCUGGAGAGGGAGAAUCAAUUUGUAGAUAGAUUUAAGGAGCUGUUUGACCUGGAAGAAAUUUCCAGUUUUCCUAGUCUGAAUAUUAAGUUGUAUAAAGCCAUGAGGAAAACUCGGAGGAGUGCAUGAUAGCCUGGACUGAGUUGUGCAAGUGAAAAGGCAGUUUCUGGUAGACUGUUAGUUUAUAGAAAACCCCGGAGGGAAAUAUGCACACACCAGUGCACAUACACAUCCUGAGUGAAAUAUGUGAUUCUGUAGCAUUGGGGGCACUUUGCUCCCAGCCUCCAUCGGCACGCAGGGCUGCUUUCUAAUUAUAAUAAUGGGAACUUUUGCAAAGUAAUCGUGCAUGGUCAUUGGAUAUGAAGAUAUCUGCUCUGCUUAUUAGCAUAUAGCACCAUUUUUGUUGCUAUUGGUUUUAAUACAUGGCAUAGUUAUUUUUAAUGUGUCAUUGCAAAAUGAUGAUUCUUAAAGACAUUUCUAAAAUGAGCAUUGUUAUUAAUUCUUUUAAGCAUAGGCAUAGGUGAUUUGUCCCUUCAGUAAUAUAAAAAUUGAUGAUAGUGAAAUCUCCAAAUAAAUCUGAAAAGGCAGAUACUUUUGGCAAUGGUACGUGUUAGCCUUCUGUGGUUUCUGUUAGUGCAGUGUAUUGGUGGUCCCUCAUCUCUGUGUGGCAGGGUGUGUCUUUGGUUUAACCUCUGAAACCAGCCAAGCAUGUGGAUUUGAGGUUAUGGCAAAGACAUUUCACUCAAGUAA